AGGAUAGUGGAUUACAGGAGUGUCAGCCAUUUAGCACAAAGUGUGUGACGGUGGGAGCUGGAAGGUUUAUCAUGACCCAGUUGAAUGGAUCUUUCUUUUUCCAUUAUAGGGUGUAUCCAAUACAGGAUAAAAUUAGGCCAGGCAAGCCUUAUAUUGCUGACGGAGCUGGGGUGGCCAAAAAAAGCCUGGAGUGCAAGCCAACACUGGAGGCGCAAGGAAGAGAGGGGAGCAAGCCGGAUCGCUGCUGAAAUGGCCACCAAACUUGUGGAUCUGGUGUACUGGCGGAGCAUGAGGAGGACCUGUGUGGUGUUCACAGGGUUGGUGGUGGGUCUGGCCAGCCUCUUCCAGCUCAGUGCCAUCACUGUGCUCUCACACGUGUGUCUGGGCAUCAUGUGCAUCACCUUCCCCCUCCGUCUGUACUACAAGCUGCUGGAGCUGCUGCGCUGGAACCCCGGGGUCCAUCCCUUCCAGUCGUACCUGGAUCAUGACAGCUCUCUGACAGAUAAGGAGACGGUGAUGCUGGUGGAGGAGGUGGUGCUGCUGAUUGCGUUCGCGGUCACGGAGAUCAAACGCCUCAUUUUCAUCGACAGCAUGAUCGACUCUAUUAAGUUCGUUGUGCUCCUCUAUCUGCUGUCCUAUGUGGGCAUCCUGACCAACGGCCUGACUCUGGUGAUAACUGCUGUGAUCGCCAUUUUUUCUUUCCCUCUGUUGUACAAAAAGCAGCAGGUGAGGAUAAGAAGGACGAUGAGAACCAUCAGAACUUUUGUAAAGAAAAUCAAAAAUAUGUGCUUCGGUCUGUAUGAGUCGGUGAGACCCUCAGAUGCAGCUGCAGAUGCACCCUCCCCAAAACCUGCACUUGCAGCCGCGGCUGCCGCCAAACAGAAAGCCAAGUCAAAGUAACCUGGUGGUCUCAUGCUGAAAGCACUUGGGGUUUGGGAUUUGGAAAAUGUUGGAAUGUUACAUCCUCCGUGGGGCCGCGGGAGGGGCAGCUCAUUUCCAUCUCUCCACCAUGAUGUUAUGGGAAGCAAGAUUUAAUUGAUCCUGACGGCUGAAACAAAGCUGCCAUUCACUCAAGUAGAGGGAGGGGAGACAUAUGAAGAGGGGAGUUUUAUUUACUGAGAUGCUCUCUGUGGGCAGUGUUUGAUCCGACCAGUUCACUCAGUCUCCAACACCACAGAAUGUCACUUAUUUUUUUGGACAACAAGUCUGUUUAUACAUAACUAGAGAGCGCUUUUCCUGUUGGACUGCAGAAUUAUUCAUAACGACACGGCAUCAUUCAGUGUUAACUGAGUCUCCUUACAACUUUUAUAUUAGUGGUAAUGAAAGCCCUGUCCUCUCUUUUUCAUGCUAAUCACAUUUCUGACAGCAGUUGGUUGAUUCACGUUUUCAAACAUUCACAACAAAACAACUGUAAACUAAUGUGAGGAACUUUGAAUGUCCUCAGCACCUGAAUGCGCAUAGUUAGUUUAUUUGUCGUUAAAGUUGACUUUAAUUGUGCUCAUUUAAACCUUUUAGUGUAAUCGUACAUUAACACUUUACUCCACUAGGUGGCAGUGGAGCCAAACUGAAAAACAGUGCUGACAUAUCAUUUAUCUUUUCAGUUAAUAUCCGCAAAGUGUUUCCUGUUUACGCAGCCAGCAGAGAUGUAGAGCAGCAUUAGCAUUCAUUGUGUCUGGCUUUUAAAUGAAGUCCAAAAUGAGUUCCUCUUAUGUUGUUCUUCGUUCUCUUCCAUCAAGAAAACUGCUUAAAGCUCCACUAGGUUGCUAACUCUUAAUAUUGUCUUUGUGUUGGUGUUUGACUUUGUGUGUGUUGUGUACAGUGGCUUCGUGGUGGGUUUACAGCAGGGUUUUUAUGGAGCAAACAGCCGCCUGCUAUGUUUGAACAUCGUGAGAGUGGUGAGAGGAAAACCAAAACAAUGAGCUGUAAGAGGAUAAACUGCUCUGCAGAGUCACAGUGGGUGGAUAACUGUCUGAGGGUUCAUCACUAUGAGCGAACACAUUCACCUGCGUGUAAACACGUGAUCCAUUGUUCAUUUUAUGAUUAGCGCCUUGUGUAAUGUGAGAAUUUAUUUUGUCAAACACUUUUGGAGGUAGUGAAAUAAGAGAUACCUUUUAGAUUAUUGUUGUGUUAGAACUUACUAAACUACGACUAACUACAUCAUUAAGCGUCUUAAUGUGGACGCAUUAUGCUGUCCACUCAACUGGAGAACUGUGUGAACCAGAUGCAUCAAAAACUGACUUCAGGGCUGGUCUGAUAAAGAAGUCACUGACAAAUAUUAAAACACUCACUUAAGGAGGCCAACAAGUUUCAUUAAUAUUCUGCCUCCAGAGACAUUUCAGGAACUUUAUUGAAAUAUUUUGUAAAUCAACCAAACUGACACAAAACACCUCCUUAAAAUUAAAGUAAAUGAAUCAGUCACUGUAAUCCAACAGGAAAAGUUUAAACCCAUAAGGAACUAUUUCAGGUAUCUGUGUUUUGAGCUAGCAGCGCUGUAGAAAACUUGAAUUGUCCUAAACGAGUGUAGGUCAACCCACCUGGACAUUUCAGAUGUGAUCUGGCAUGGAGUUACUACCUGAGGGCGACGGGAGGAUGACAAAAAUCUUAGAUGGACUUAUCGUAUAUUACAACUAGCUGCCAAAUCUGAGCCAGUAAACUGUGGUUAUUUGAGUGUAGCAGCGUUAGCAGGGAGCUACCGUCACUGUGUGGUACUCUCUGGGUUUCAGAUCUUAAAAUGGAGCUGCACUCAUACUAACAUGUCUUAAUGAGCUUAAAGUGAACACGUACAUCACACACAUUUUGUUAGCGGUGCUGAGUUGGGUGUCCACAGAUAGUUCUGCUUUAUUUAGCCUAAAUGUGCUGUCAACUUAUCACACACACUAUUUCUGGUUGCUGCUGACACUCCUUGAAAUAUAGAUUUUACACGGUAUUGGCUCAAGACAUUUUAUAAAACACAGUUGUUUAGAGAGACAUCCUCUUAACUUGAACAUAUAAAACCAAAACUGUCUGUUACAUAGGAAUAAAAUACACAAACAGCUCACUGUGUUAUCACCUGAUAUCUCUUUGUAAAAGUGUAUUAAUGAGUACAGUAUUAGUUUUACUGCUUCUUUUUGGCUGGUCACAUGGAACUAGCUUAAUUGCUGAUUUUUUUUUUUUUGUUUGUUUGUUUGUUUUUUUUUGUUUCUCCAGGACUGUUUAACCGUUGAGUAAAAUAAAAGUAUAAACAUGGUGUUUCAGCACACCAAAUGCUCCAAUCUAAGCAUCAUCUACUGUGUUUUUGGCUUUUUGAUCAAUGUUUACUCAUGUAUCUAUAGCUAUUAUUUUAUUAUUUUUUAUUUUUGACUUCUGUUGUUUUGCUCCCCAAUAAAAAGUUAUUUACUACAAAUGAA